GUUCCAAUACAAAUUACAUUGUUCACACUUCAAAGUGACCGUUUGCAAAUCAUAAUAUAUGAAAUGGAAGAUUAUAUUCAGCAAGCAAAAUCAGAAGAGAGGAACACCUUUCAGCGAUAUAUCAACAAAUGCAAAUUAGUUUACGGUACGACAAUGUGUUUUAUAACCGUGACAGCUAUAAUAGUGUCGUUCGGACCAUUAUUCUUAGCUCAACCCUUUCCAAUCGAAGUUGAGUAUCCAUUCGAUGUGAACAAACAACCACUGAGAACUAUUAUUUACUUGCAUCAUAUGAUGAUUAUAUACCAAAGUUGUGUUCAAGUAUGUAGUAACGUCUUCGUAGCUCUUCUGCUUUGGUUCACAGCAGCAAGAUUCGAGAUUCUAUCCCAUAAAUUUCAGAAAAUUACAAGCAUCUCAGAAUUUACAAUCUGUAUACAGCUGCAUCAACAGCUAUUACGAUAUGCAAAAGAUGUUACUAUGACAAUUCAAUACGUAGUGUUGUCAACGAUAGGAUUUUGUACCAUAGGAGUGGUAUUUAGCGGUUUGACUUUUUUGAGCAAACAACCAUUAACUGUAAAAACCCAAUUUUUUGGCGUUGCUGCAUCCGCAAUUGUAGAGGUUUUUAUCUGCGCAUGGCCAGCUGAUUAUUUAUUGCACACGAGCAAUGACAUUGGUUAUGCUGGAUAUGAAUCGUCGUGGUACAAUAAAGAUAUAUCUUUACAGAAGAAUUUGUUAUAUACUGUGUCGAGAUGUCAACAUCCUAUAACUCUAACUGUGCCAUGUCUGCUACCGACUCUUUCACUUAAUUAUUAUGCUUCUUUUUUAUCAACUACGUUUUCCUAUUUGACAACAUUUCGAGCAAUGCUUGCUAAAAAAGAUGAACUGCAAUAAUAUAAUCUACUGGUAGAGCGAGAUAAUUCCGUCAAUUUCAACUUUAAAGUAAUGUGCAAGUUUAUAAUGAUAAACAUUUCUCUCUUUGUUGAUACAGUCCUCGUAAAAGUUUACCACGCUUCACAAGUACCUCUAAGGAUUUCCUAAAAUUACUUUAAAAUAAUAAUCACAAAAAUUUUU